AUGGAUAAAAACGGCUGCAUCCCACUCUGCUGGAGCAAAGGGUCGUGCGUUUAUGCACAGCAUGCUUUACCAAAGUAUGACGGCCAGCUAGCCCGAGUCAGAACAUCUGAGUCAGGCAUGGCAACGUCUUCCUACUUGGAGCCCAACCUCAAUCACUCCACAACAACUGGGUGUGGAGUGAAAUCCCGCUCUGGGGUUUCCGGUGGUACUGGUGUCGGUACCAGCGGAUCUGCUGGUGGUCUUGAGCGGACUCCAGGUUCUAUGGACAGGGUUCUGAAGAUCUUCCAUUACUUUGAGACAAAUAGUGAACCAAGCACCUGGGCAAGUAAUAUCAGACAUGGAGAUGCUACUGAUGUCAGGGGAGUCAUUCAGAAGAUAGCCGAAAUCCACAAAUUGCGCUGCGUCACUUCACUUGGCCUGCGUUUAACCCAUCUGCACACAGACGCACGACAUUGGUUACAUCCUGACUUGGGAGUUUGUCAUGUCAGGGAGAAAUAUGAGAAACAGCAUCCACAGGAGGAGUGGAGGUAUGACCUGCGGAUGCGCUAUUUCCCUAAAGGUUACCUCAGUCAUUUCUCAGAAGACAAACCCUCGCUCAACUAUCUCUAUCAUCAGGUAAAGAGUGACUACAUGCAACAUAUCGCCGAUCAAGUGGAUCAAGAAGUUGCUUUAAAACUAGGCUGUCUCGAAAUAAGGCGGUUCUUCAGAGAUAUGCCAGGAAAUGCCCUUGACAAGAAGUCCAACUAUGAACUUCUAGAGAAAGAUGUUGGUUUGAGAAGGUUCUUCCCCAAAAGCUUGCUAGACUCUCUGAAGGCGAAGACUCUUCGUAAGCAUAUCCAGCAGACCUUUAAGCAGUUUGCCAACCUCAACGAUGAGCAGAGCAUCCACAAGUUUUUUGAAAUCAUCUCUCCCAUCUAUCACUUCGACAAGGAGUGCUUCAAAUGUGCAUUAGGGUCUAGCUGGGUAAUAUCAGUCGAGUUAGCAAUCGGACCAGAGGAAGGAAUCAGCUACCUCACAGACAAGGGCUCAACGCCUACCCACUUAGCUAACUUCAACCAGGUUCAGUCCAUCCAGUAUUCACCUUUAGAGGAAAAGGACAGGAAAGGGAUGUUGCUGCUCAACGUAGCAGGAGCUCCAGAGCCUCUCACAGUCACUACAGCAUCGCUGACAACAGCAGAAAAUAUGGCUGACUUGAUUGAUGGUUACUGUCGACUCUUCUCCUCAACGAGUCACUCCUUCAUCAUCAGAGUCCAUAAGGAGGGUGACAGAGCGCUACCAUCCAUCCCAAAAGUAUCAAAUCAUGAGAGGCGGAUGGAAAAACGGAUAGACGGAGUACGAACCCGAGCUGUUUGUGUGUCAGGGCACAAUAGUGGCGAUGAAACAGAUGACUAUGCUGAGAUCAUAGAUGAGGAAGACACCUAUACAAUGCCUUCAAAAUACUAUGGACUAGAUCAAGCACAGGAUUAUGAAAUUCAACGGGAUCGUAUAGAACUUGGCCGCUGCAUAGGUGAAGGUCAGUUUGGAGACGUCCACCAAGGAGUUUACAUCAGCCCAGAAAACCCAGCAUUGUCUGUGGCAGUAAAGACGUGUAAGAAUUCAACGUCCGACAGUGUCAGAGAAAAAUUUCUCCAAGAAGCACUAACAAUGCGUCAGUUUGACCACCCUCACAUUGUGAAGCUGAUGGGCGUCAUUACAGAAAAUCCAGUCUGGAUAAUCAUGGAGCUAUGCACACUGGGAGAGUUACGUUCUUUCCUGCAAGUGAGAAAGUACAGUCUAGACCUGGCCACUCUUAUCCUGUACUCCCACCAGCUCAGCACAGCAUUGGCCUACCUGGAGAGCAAACGCUUUGUGCACAGGGAUAUAGCUGCACGGAACGUCCUGGUAUCGACUGUUGACUGUGUAAAGCUGGGUGACUUUGGUCUAUCAAGGUACAUGGAAGACAGUUCUUACUACAAAGCAUCAAAGGGUAAGCUGCCCAUUAAAUGGAUGGCUCCAGAGUCAAUCAACUUUAGAAGAUUUACUACAGCCAGUGAUGUGUGGAUGUUUGGUGUCUGUAUGUGGGAAAUUCUGAUGUAUGGCAUCAAGCCUUUCCAAGGUGUAAAAAACAACGAUGUCAUUGGGAGAAUAGAGAAUGGCGAACGUCUAGCCAUGCCCCCUCAGUGCCCCCCUACCCUGUACAGCUUAAUGACAAAGUGUUGGUCGUAUGACCCUAGCAAGAGACCACGUUUCAAUGAACUGAAAACCCAGCUCAGUACCAUACUAGAAGAGGAAAAGGCCCAACAGAAAGAGAGGAAUAGGAUGGAGAUGAGGAGGCAGGUCACUGUCUCUUGGGACUCCGGAGGGUCUGAUGAAGCGCCACCAAAGCCUAGUAGACCCGGUUACCCCAGUCCACGCUCCAGUGAAGGCUAUUACCCUAGUGCUCAGCACCCUGGACACUACCAGAUGGCAGGUUACCCUGGCCCCCACACGCUCCCGUCAGUGCCGAGUGCCCUUUACCCCCCACAGGCCACAAUGUUGGAGACGCACCAUGCACACACGCAUCCGCGGCACCAUGUCCAUGCACACUCACAUGUACAGCACCUUCCUCAGCCACAUGGACAGGACAUGGCACAUUGGAGUUCGGGUAUUGAGGACAGGGAAAUAGACAUGCAGCAGUGUGUAGGCCAGCAGUGCCUGUUAAUGGAGGAACAGCUGAUGAUACAGCAGCAGCAGAUGGUGGAGGAUCAAAGGUGGCUGGAGCAGGAGGAAAGGCUGCUGAAACCAGAAACCAGAAGUUCUCGGGGGAGUCUGGACCGAGAUGAUGGAGUACUCCAGCCACCAACGGGAAACCAACACAUCUACCAGCCUGUUGGCAAAGCAGAGCUUGUGGCCCCUCCAAAGAAACCACCGCGACCUGGCGCCCAGAGCCAAGGGUGCAGUCUGGCUGGUCUGAACGCUGCAGACAGCUACAAUGAUGGAGUGAAGCCCUGGCGACACUCAUUAAUGUUUGUAUUUGACUUGGCUCAGCUACAACCCCAAGAAAUCAGCCCUCCACCCACCGCCAAUCUGGACCGUUCUAACGACAAGGUAUACGAGAACGUGACCGGAUUGGUUAAAGCUGUGAUCGAGAUGUCGAGCAAGAUUCAGCCAGCUCCUCCAGAGGAGUAUGUUCCAAUGGUCAAGGAUGUGGGCCUUGCAUUGAGGACGUUGUUGGCCACCGUAGAUGAGACCCUACCUCAAUUGCCAGCCAGCACACACAGAGAGAUCGAGAUGGCACAGAAGCUCUUAAACUCUGACUUGGCAGAGCUGAUUGGGAAAAUGAAGUUAGCCCAGCAGUAUGUGAUGACCAGUCUUCAGCAAGAUUACAAGAAGCAGAUGCUAACCGCAGCUCACGCACUCGCUGUGGAUGCCAAAAAUCUGCUGGAUGUCAUCGAUCAAUCCCGGCUCAAGAUGAUGGCCCAGUCCCGCCCACACUAG